CCAGAGAGAGAGCGCGAGGCGAGGCGAGGCGGAGCGAGCUGCGGAGAUUUAGUCAGAGUUUCAGUGCUGAGCUCCCGGGGCUCAGGAAGACCAGAGGCCGCUGUCACUUGCCAGGAGCUUCCCCCGAUAGGAGAGACGCAGAAACGGUAACGGAAGACUGUGUAGACCCGCAGCUCGUAGAUAAGAGCAAGGCAACACGCGGAGGACGCCACGGAUUGGAGACGAAGUGGUCGUCGCAUCGCAUCGCAUCGCUCCCCAGCCCCCCCCUACGUCGAAGAAAUCCGGACCUGAGCGGGAAAAGACCGUUCAGAGAGGCCGGUAUUCAACAAGAACGAAAAGAAGACGAGCAGAGGAGAGGCUCUGAAUACAGCUGAAUAGAAUUCAAUCCAAACUGAAGGAUUACUACAACAUUCAGACUCUACUCUGCUCUGUGGAUUUUGAUGUUACCUUUUCUUUUUUUUUACCCACCUCUGUUUUUAAAGAAAGAGAGUCAUUCAUUGAAACAGACGGUAAUCUUUGUGUUUGACAAGAGAGAAUCUUGAAUGCUUGACCUCGACAUCUGCCUGGGAGAUGAAAGAGUAGGUACUUUUUCUUCUUUGUGAACCGUUUGGCCGCCAGGUUUGAGAGAAACUCAAGGAGCUGAAGGGAAUUUUUUUUCUUCCACUUUCAACUUGCGCAGUCUCUUUCAUUUUUUAUGUUUGCCUCUCUGUUAUCUCCUUCUGUCUUUUCCUGAUAACGUUUUGUUUCUCGUAAGAAGAAGAGAAGGACGUGACAGACUGAAGUUUCUCUGCCAGGAGCCUGAAUAGCAUUUCAAUUCUAGUUUGGCUCUCACAAGGGGACAAAUCCUCCUUUGUGUGUGUGUGUGUGAGUGUGUUUGUGUAGCUCACUGUCCCUCUGUGAUACAUUAUCGUGUAUCAGGGGACAAUAACCGGCCCUGUGUGUCUCCUCUGGGAAAAUGGGAUCAGAAAAGGACUCAGAGUCGCCUCACUCCUCAGUGAGCGGCGUCCCCAACCCUAAGUGCCGUGCGGCGGGCAAACGCCAGGGCCGCAUCUCCUUCCACAGCCUUUUCCACAGCAAACGGGGUUCUCGGGGCACCAGGGGCCCCAAAGGAGCAGCGGCCACCCCCUUAUCCCAUCAUCACCAAUAUCACCACACACAACAACAGCUCUUGCCUUCUGCCUUGAGCUCAGCACCCGCCGCAGCCUCUGCUACGCCCACAACCACCACCAUCACAGCUGCUACCACCCCCCAGGACGCUGCCUCCGGCACCCCGUCGAAACCACUCUCAUCCAGCCAGCCAUCUCUGGGUGGAGCCCCAUCCUCUGGGGAGAACAACUUCCUGGAGUGCCCCCUGUGCCUGGUGUGCCAGCCCGCCGACCAGCUCCCCGAGCUGCUUGGGUGCAGCCACCGCUCCUGCCUCUGCUGCCUGCGCCAGUACCUCCGCAUUGAGAUAACAGAGAGCCGAGUCCAGCUCAGCUGCCCCGAGUGCGCCGAGAGACUGGCCCCACGGCAGGUGGCGGACAUCUUGGAUGAUGCGGCCCUACUGGCGAAGUACGAAGAGUUCCUGCUGCGGAGGUGCCUUGCCUCCGAUCCGGACUGCCGAUGGUGCCCAGCGCCUGACUGCGGGUUUGCCGUCAUCGCCUCGGGCUGUGCCAGCUGUCCCAGGUUGGUCUGUCGCAGAGAGGGCUGCGGUGCUGAGUUCUGCUACCACUGCAAACAGGCCUGGCACCCCAACCAGACCUGCGACUCCGCCCGCCAACAGAGGGCGCAAUCCUUGCACACCCACAGCAACCACUCGCCCAGCUACACGCAGGAGCAGGGGCCCGCUGAUGACAUCAAACCCUGUCCUCGCUGUGGCGCCUACAUCAUCAAGAUGAACGAUGGGAGCUGUAAUCACAUGACCUGCGCCGUCUGUGGCUGUGAGUUCUGCUGGCUCUGCAUGAAGGAGAUCUCCGACCUGCACUACCUCAGUCCAUCCGGCUGCACGUUCUGGGGGAAGAAGCCUUGGAGCAGGAAGAAGAAGAUUUUGUGGCAGCUAGGAACUCUGAUCGGAGCUCCAGUCGGCAUCACCCUGAUCGCAGGCAUCGCCGUUCCCGCUAUGGUCAUCGGCAUCCCUGUUUACGUUGGCCGCAAGAUCCACGCCCACUACGAGCUGAAGAAGACGUCCCGUCACAGAAGGAACCUGGCCAUCACAGGAGGCGUGGCCCUGUCCAUCAUCACCGCCCCUGUCAUCGCAGCAGUCAGCGUGGGUAUCGGCGUUCCCAUCAUGUUGGCCUAUGUGUAUGGCGUGGUGCCCAUCUCUCUGUGUCGAGGAGGGGGCUGUGGUGUGAGCAGAGGGAAGGGCAGAGGCGUACGAAUUGACUUCGAUGAGGAUGACGGACCAAUCACAGUGGCGGACGCGUGGCGAGCGCUCAAGUCUCCAAGCCUUGGGGAGAGCAGCCUGGACGGGGCAGUCAGCGGUCUGAGCACCACCUCCCCCAGUGAGGGGCUCUCUGUGGCCCCUGGGGCUCUGGGUGACACGCCACACUUCAACACCUUGGCGGGAGGGGCCCUGGGGUCCCGCACCGGCAAAUACAGCAGGCUGGAGGUUCAAGCGGGGGAGUUGGCUAAAGAGUCGGCCCAGAGGGAGACAGGCAGCCUGGGAGCAGGGAGUGACUGUGCCAGCACCAGAGGAAUGGCCGGAUCCAUCAUCUCCUCCUACACACUACCUGACAGGGAGUGCACCAACCUGGAGAUCCAGGUGGACAUCGAGACCAAACCCAGCCAUCUCUGCCUGACCAGCGAAGAGGACCUCACCCCACCCCAGGGUUCCGCUGCCAUGGCGACCGCCUCAGGAGGCGAGGAGCCUCAGGACUGCAGCUCCAGACGGGGCGGGGCUUUGUCCGGCUCGGCGUUGGGACUUUCACCGGGGGUGUCGAUCAGGGAGGGGCUCAGAGACGUCACCCUGGCUCAGCCGGAGAGCAUCCGCAGCGACCUGGAGAUGUCGGACACGCAGUCGGACGACAUCGCAGAGCUGACGUCCGACGACUGUGACUCGCCUCACCCCAAAAGCUGUCACCUGGCGGCCGGCCAGCAGGCCCAGCCCCCCUCUUGCCGAGCCCUGAACCCCUCCACCGAAGGCCUUCACUGUCCCGGGGACAGCAACGUCAUCCUCUAUGUCUGAGAGAAGAGCGGCUCUCAGGAUUGCACAAAAAAACAAACUGAUCCCCGACAUUUACAUCUAAACUCUCCCUGACUUCAUGGCUUUUCUUUCUGUUGUCAUUACUCAUCUGCUGCUUUUGCGCCUCACAGACACCGUCUUAAACACAGACAGCGUUUGUUCACUCUCGUCUGUCUGUCUUAUCUAUCUACCUGUCAAUCUCCUCACUGAGUAAAUUGUCAGGGUUCUACCUCUGAGAUUUAUAAGAUGAUGAUUUAUGUUUACUCCUUGGUGCAAAAUGCCUUGGCUACUUAAGCAAAAAAAAAAGAAAAGAAAAGAAAAAAAGCAAGAGGUACAAAUUUUCCACAAGAAAUAUUGCAAAACUGAAAUGAUGAAAGAAGGUGAAGUGUCACCGAGCACAGCAGAGGGAGAGGGACCGUUAGGAUGUGAGCUGAAGACGAGGGGGAUGUUUUUAACGAUGUGUGAAUGAAUGUGGACUUUGUACUCAACUAUCGUGGCUUUAUUUUCCUCUUUUCCUCUAUUUAUAUUCAGAUGACCUUGAAAUUGUAUUAUUUGCUGUGUGCAUGAGUCUGCAUGUGCCGAGCCUCGUGUGAAAGGUUUAAAAGGGCAGCGAGUUUCUGUUGCACUGGUCAGAGUUAAAGUUUACUCAAAGAGAGAAGCUGCACUUGAAUCUCACUUUCUCUGCACAGAGAAGGAGGAGGAGGAGGAGGAGGAGGAGGAGGGCUGGGGGGGGGGGUUGAAAAUGGGGAGAAAAAAUUAGGUCCAGACUUUCUAAAUCACAGAAAUGAAUGAGUGAGUUCUGACAAUGACGUGGCCACAAGACACUGCAGAGAAAUGCACAAAGAGAAGCAACUUUAUUCUUGUUCUGUUCUUGUGUUUUUGACAGUGUUGGACCUUUUUCAUACUCCAGACAGUUUAGAACAGACCAGUACUGAAGCGCUUUAUCAUCCAGUAUAAACUUAUAUAAAUAUAAAUAUAACGUUAAUCUAAAAAUGCAGAAAUCAAAAUUCCAGCCAGUUUUCUAUCAUUGUAAGCUAAAUAGGAAUCUUCAAUUAUUUGAAAUAACACAUUUAUGUAGGAGCUACACGAGUGUGUGAAAGAAAUAAGCUUAAUCUGCCUUCACACUAACGUUCAUAAAAACCUAUAUCAAACGUUUCACAUAUUAAAAAAGAAAUGCAACUUCAGAUUUAGAUUUAGACUCCCAUGUAUUAACAUGUUAUGGAAAACAAACAUCACAUACAACUGUGCCCAGGCAGCAAAAUACAACCAGCUGGUGCUCGGGCCACAUGCUCGUUUUCUUCCGGCCCAGUAUGCACCUGGUUCCACGGCCCCAAUCUGGCCCAUAUACACCAUGAUUAUAACAUGCUAAUUCCACAUCUGGACCAACUGUGGCGGAUACACACAGACAAUCUUACAGCUGUCAGACAAUACAAGAGGAUAACUGAAGAAUCUGUCCAGAUGGGAAAGUAUAUGGGCCGGACUCGGGCCGAGGAACCAGGAAUAUGUUGGGCCAGAAGUUUAUUUUGCUGCCUGUGUGGCACUUGGCUGAAAUAAAAAGCAACAUCAGUUACUCUAAUAAAAGUAAAAUAUAAUCUGAAAAUGCAUCUCAUUUGCAUAAUAACUUGACUUAUGCGACUAUAAUAACAAACUUAAACAUAGGUGGACAGUUAAGUAAUACUGUACCAAGUACUGUUUUCUACUUUUUACUAUCAAAUACACUGUGGUUUGCUUAUUUGACAUUUCUGAAAUGUUCAGUUUUACAGUUUGUUCUUGGAAACAGGAUUUUUCACAAAAAAAAUCCUAACUCAAGCUCCACUUACUGGCUUUUUCUAGGAGUUUUGAACCACAUCUCACCGUCUUUCUUAUUCUUACUCAUCUUUUAUUAUUAUUUUAUUUUUAAUUUGGCAUUUAUUGUCUCUAUUAACCAGUAACGGUUUUCUCUUUAAAAUGUCAGAAAAUAGUAAAAGAUACUCAAAAAUAAUUUUCUAGAGCCAAGUUUUACUUAUUCAGAUUGUUCAGUCUGAAAUCAAAAAGAUCAUCUGUUUACUGUCAUAUACGACAAAGGGAAACAGCAAAUCCUCACAUUUUUGGUUAAAAAGUAAUAAUAAUAAUUUGAUUAUCAAAAUAGUUGCUGAUUAUUUUUUUGUCAGUCGAUUAAUCCAUAAAAGAACAAAUAAUAAGCUGUAAUUUGUGAUCGUGUUUGAAAACUCUGGUAGGAAAUGAUCCAUCAGACAGUGAACACAUCACUUCCACCUAAAACUAGCUGCCUAACCUGACGCUGCUCACUCUGUAACUACCACAACGGCCCGUCAUUGUCAGACUUCUCUCACUGUGUCGUUCAGGUGUGUGUCAUGUGACUGGACCUGUGUUUGACAGUUGGCUGCCUGCCUGCCUUAGAGACACUCAAUGACCAACAACACAACACACAGCCAACUGGUUUUGGUUUCCGACGUGUUAACUGGCUGUCUGACCCACCUGAAUGGUGUGUGUGUGUGUGUGUGAGAGUGUGUGAGUGUGUGUGUUUGUGAAUGGAUGGACUCCUGAUGAAUGUAUUUGUUCGUCCCACUGUGUUUUUUGAAUGAGCACUUGUGCACUUUAUCUGAAUUUAUCUUAUUUAUCUUCUUUUUUUUUUUGCUGUUCAUCGUCUGUUGCUAUGUUACAUCAGUUUACUUCAGUUGCAUACAAACACAACAGUCUGUGGUACAACCAAAACACAUCACCUACCAGAAGGCCUUUUAUGUUGGAUGUAACUCAAGAAGAGUUUGGCUCAAAAAAACAUUAUAUAACCAAGUUUAUCAUUCAGUAUUUUUAAUUUAAAGGGCGUCCAAGUUUUUUUAAAUCAAUUUUAUGAUGCAAGGACUGUAAUUGUUCUUAUUUUUUCUAUUUUCUUCUAUUAAUUUAUGUUGUAUAAAUCAUCUUUUACAGGUCAGUGUCACUUUUGAAGCCAAACACUUCAAUUAUUGAUGCCAAUAAGCUCUUCUUAAUCAUCCUCACUAGCCUGACCUGUUUCUUAGCUUUGGAUCACCUCUGUGCUUCUGUUUAAAAAGGUUUUCCACCAGGUUUUCCUUCAAUCCACAAGGAAUCGGGGUGGGAGCCUUUUUCAAUCAUCUCAGAGUAGCUUUAUGGAUUUAGCUGCUUAUGUAACUUGACAGUGCUUUGUUUGGUCUGCACUUACCACUUGUUUCUGCCUGCUUGCCUGUGAGAAAACACACGAAUGUACCACGGAUGGAAACCCAAACUUCCUGAAAGAGUCUGACUGAGUGUUAAUGGAAGUCCUAUUGAGAACACAGCUGUUCCUGUCUUUAUUUGAAAAGGUUUUAGAGUAUAUAGAUAGCAAUAUUUAAGUGUUAUUAUUCUGUUUGUGUAUUUCCUGUCACUGUUAGAGCUCUGCCUUGUGUGGGGUUGUACAUGCAGGACUGUGAGAGACAACUUGUGGACCUUUGAGGGGAAAAAAUAAAUAAACACAAUCUGAUGUUGCACCAAA